GUUGAACAUGCUAAAAGUUUAAAUGGCUGUUGACAUGUGUUGUUUGUGAUUUUUGGUUACAAUCUAAUGGUACUUUUAAAAUGUCUCAAAUGGCGAUACCUAACAAGAGUGACGAAAUUCUAACUCAGUCAACGAUCAUGAACACCAAGGAAAAAGAAAAAUAUAUCGAAGAGUUCAAUUUCCCGUAUUGCGAUGAAGCUGUCAAGUACGAGAAAGUUGCAAAAAUAGGUCAAGGCACAUUUGGGGAAGUGUUCAAGGCUCGUGAUAAGGCAAACCCCAAGAGAUUUGUUGCCAUGAAAAAGGUUCUUAUGGACAAUGAAAAGGAAGGGUUCCCCAUUACAGCCCUUAGAGAAAUUCGCAUAUUGCAGCUUUUGAAACAUGAGAAUGUUGUGAACCUGAUAGAAAUUUGUCGCACUAAAGCCACCCAGUUCAACAGGUAUCGGUCGACCUUCUACCUGGUGUUUGACUUCUGCGAGCACGACUUGGCGGGUUUGCUGUCAAACGUGAACGUGAAGUUCAGCCUGGGCGAGAUCAAGAAAGUCAUGCAACAGCUGCUGAACGGGUUGUACCACAUUCACAGCAACAAGAUCCUCCACCGGGACAUGAAGGCGGCCAACGUACUGAUCACAAAGAACGGCAUCCUCAAACUGGCAGACUUCGGGUUGGCCCGAGCUUUCAGCGCCAACAAAAACGGACAGGCAAACAGGUACACAAACCGCGUGGUGACGCUGUGGUACCGGCCCCCGGAGCUGCUGCUGGGCGACCGCAACUACGGGCCGCCAGUGGACCUGUGGGGGGCCGGCUGCAUCAUGGCAGAGAUGUGGACACGCAGCCCCAUCAUGCAGGGCAACACGGAGCAGCAGCAGCUGACGCUCAUCUCGCAGCUGUGCGGCUCCAUCACCCCGGAUCUGUGGCCCACCGUCGAGUCCCUGGAGCUGUACACCAAGAUGGAGCUGCCCCGCGGCCAGAAGAGGAAGGUGAAGGAUCGAUUAAAGCCGUACGUUCAGGACCCGUUUGCAUGUGACCUUCUGGACAAGCUGUUGGUUCUGGACCCAGCGAAGCGCGCGGACGCAGACUCCGCGCUGAAUCACGACUUCUUUUGGACUGAUCCAAUGCCCUGCGACCUCUCAAAGAUGCUCGGCAAGCACACGCAGAGCAUGUUCGAGUUCCUCGCGCCCCCUCGCCGCCCGGGACACAUGCGGCCGCACCACCACCACCCAGGGGGCGCCGGCCCGGCCUGGGGUGCCGCCAAGCCCUCUGCCACCCUCGACAGCGGCUACCAGGACCGCGUGUUCUGAUGUGCUGUCCCGGCCGUCCGCCAGCACGCACACUAUGUGCAGUGAAGCGAGCCCAUGUCGUUGCUUAGCUUCUCAUUCCUACAAGAUUGGAAGUGAAUCUGAUCCAAGACUGACUUCACUGAAGAGAUUUCACGUGGGUUUGUAUAACUCAAGAUUCCGAAAAAAAUGUGACUUUAGUUUUUAUUGUGUUACUCAAACUGUAAAGUUAUAAUAGCAUGUUAAUGGAGUCAUACUGCAAUCUGUUAUAUCUAAGACUAACUCUAUAUAAAUAUAGAGCUCUACUACAGUGAAUGAGUGUAUAUUGCAAUUUAAAAUAACACUCUCAAUAUAAUUACAUACAUAUGUAUUUGUAAUGUAGGAGUUUGUUUUCACAAACCCUACCCACAAAAAAUUUUUGGCUACUGUUUUCUGCUGCAGUGAUUUCCACAAAACAGUUUUAUUAUCUUGGAAUGCACACAUAAAUGCACUUUCUCACAGAAAAUAUUUCCUUUGCCAUUUUUGGAAAUCUUAAACUAAGGGUCUGCAGGUUACUGAAUGGUUAGACUACUCUGAUAUCUCAGUGUUUGUAAAAAGCAUACAGAAAUUAUACAGCUUGAGAAUUUAA